GCUAAAUAUGUCAGCUUUGGAACAGCUUAAGAAGGUCACUACCAUAGUCGCCGAUACGGGUGACUUUGAGGCGAUUAAUUUGUUCAAGCCCACGCAUGCAACUACUAAUCCAACGCUUAUAUUAAAUGCUGCCAUUAUGGAGCGCUAUCAAUAUCUAGUAAACGAUGCAGUUAACUAUGGUAAAACUAAGGGCGGCUCGAUGACCAAUCAAGUAGAGGAAGCAAUGGAUUAUUUAUGCGUGUUAUUCGGAGCUGAAAUUUUGAAAAUCAUACCCGGCAGGGUAUCAACUGAAAUAGAUGCACGCCUUUCAUUCGACACGUCACGAAGCGUGGAGAAGGCCUUAAAAUUGGUAAGCUUAUAUAAAGCGUUUGGCAUAAGAAGAGAUCGUAUUCUUCUCAAGCUAGCGUCAACCUGGGAGGGCAUAAGAGCCGCCGAAAUACUGGAAAAAGAGUAUUACAUACACUGUAAUCUGACGCUUCUGUUCUCAUUAGUUCAGGCUGUGGCCUGUGCGGAGGCUGGAGUAACAUUAAUCUCGCCAUUUGUGGGUCGUAUUUUGGAUUGGCAUGUGGAAAAUACAAGUAUCAAAACGUUUCAGCCACAGAAUGAUCCGGGCGUCAUAUCUGUUACAAAAAUCUAUCAUUACUUUAAGAAGUAUGACUACAAGACGUCGAUUAUGGCCGCUUCAUUUCGAAAUACGGGCGAGAUUAAAGCAUUGGCUGGCUGUGAUCUGCUUACGAUUAGUCCAGCUUUAUUAAGUGAAUUGAAGGCUGAUCGAAAUGAUGUUCAAAUCCACUUAUCCGUAUCAAAUGCCAAACAGCAGAAUAUUAGGAAAAUGUGCAUUUAUGAAAACAAAUUCAGAUGGCUAAUGAAUGAGGAUAUCAUGGCCAGUGAUAAGCUAGCCGAGGGCAUCAGGAAAUUUACAAUGGAUACUGUGAAAUUGGAGAAUUUACUAAGGUCAUUAUUUUAAGACUUAUUCGAUAAAGACUCCUAAAGCGCCUGCUGUACUCUCCAAGAGCCCAUAUUAUUAGCUUUUGGGAUAUUAUAUUUCUAUAGCUACUUUUGUUGUGAUCAAUACACUUCUUCUUUUAAACUGCAA